AUGAGACUGUUCGCAGUGAUUUUCUGGCUAGGCUGGGCUUUUGGCCAAGCCAGUGCCAAGAGUUCGGGCUCCGACUCCCCCAGAUUGCUAGCCUCCCUCCAAGCAGCUCCCGCUCCGGCGCCAGCACAAAGUGUGAUCUACAAGUUGCCACCGCAGCACUACUAUCCACCACCGCCGCCUCCGCCGCCGCCGCAGCACUGUAACUGUCCACCGGGACCACCUGGUCCGCCAGGGCCACCAGGAUUGCCUGGAGCACCUGGCGAGCCGGGUCCCAAGGGGUCCAGUGGGUCGAAGGGCGAACGCGGGGAGAAGGGAGAGCGCGGACAUUAUGGAUUACCGGGCGCACCGGGACCCAUUGGACCUCCUGGACUGCCCGGGCCACCCGGUCACAAAUCGAGAGAUGAUCACCAUGACCACGACCAUGGCCAUGGUCACCAUCACCACCAUCAUCACACGCACCCAGCACCUGCACCACCACCACCACCACCACCACCACCACCAACACCGCCGCCACCGCCACCACCUCCACCUCCUCCACCACCACCGCCACCAAUCCUGCCUCCUCCAAUUAUAGUUCCCAUUCCGAUCCCAUCCCCGAACAAAGGUGGCCAUGAUCAUCACCACAAGGGAUCUAAGGGAUCCAAGGGACCACCCGGACCACCAGGUCCACCGGGAAUGGGAUCACCUGGUCUUCCGGGGCCGCCUGGCAUUACGUAUCCAUCGCCUUCACCUCCUCCUCCGCCGCCGCCACCGCCACCGCCACCACCAGUCUACCCACCCUACCCGUAUCCUUAUCCCCCACCCGGACCUUAUCCAGGUGCAGGACUCUAUCCCGGCUCAGGACCUCAGUGGAUUCCCGUGCCAGUGCCGGUGCCAUGGCCAUCAAAGGGUCACAAGGGCGACAAGGGUCACAAAGGAGACCACAAGGGAGACAAGGGCGGGCACCACCACCACUACUAUCCACCAGGACACAACAAGGGCGGUCAAUAUCCGUAUCCACCCUACGACGGCGGACAUGGUGGCCAUCAUCAUCCAGCCCCUUAUCCACCACCGUAUCCACCACCUUACCCGCCUCCCUACCCACCGUACUAUCCACAUGACGGCGGUGACAAGGGGCAUCAUCAUCAUCACCGUCCGCCUUACCAUCAUGGAGGAGGCAAUGAUGGGCACAACCAUCAUCAUCCGCCCCACAAUCAUGGAGGUGGAAAUGGCGGACAUAACCACCAUCAUCCGCCACACCAUCACGGAGGAGGAAACUACGGGCAUAACCAUCAUCAUCCGCCCCACAACCAUGGAGGAGGCAAUGACGGGCACAACCACCACAAUCACGGAGGAGGUAACGAUGGGCACAACCAUCACCAUCCAUCCCACAGCCACCGCCACAUGGGAACUAGUUCUGAGCCACAGGGCAGUGGCGAGAAGGUUCCCCGCGAUGAUCUGGAAAUGCUGGAUGAAGAUGUGGAGAUCGUCGAGAACAUAAUCGAGGACCAGGACUUUAUGGAGGGCGAGGAUGAGCAGCCCUAUGAGUCCAACGAUAUAGAAACGCCAACCGAGGAUGCGGACUAUGUAGAUAACACAGUGGAGAAUCAAACUGCACUUGAUUCCGUCGAAGAACUAGUUGAGGAAGAUCCAACAUUAGUUGUUGAAACCUACAUGGAGCCAGGCGAAGAGCAAGAAUUGGUAGAAAACGAACCUAUAAUGGAGGAUCAGGUGGACAUGGAGAAGGAUGGUCAGUCCUUCGGGGGAUACGUGAUCGAGGAGCGAUCCAACAACAGGCCAAUUAUCCUGGCCGUUGCAAGUCCCCGAAAUCCGUUUCACAUUUAUGCCUAUGAACAGUAUAAUACAUAAAUAA